CUUUGAAUGACUGUGAAGAAAUAGUAUAUCGUUCGUUAGAUUCCGCUCUCUUGUAAGCUGUGACGCCGUUGAUCUUGAAAUGGAGUUCCUGAUCGCUGCUGUGGCUUGUUUCAUUGGACUGAAUGUACCCAGAUUAUCCGUGGCAAUCGUACCAUCUGAUCACGCCAACACUAAUAGUACCGUGCUAGGUACAGUAGCGAGGGAAAUAAUACCUAGUUCUGAUUUGGAACCUGAUGAUCACCUAGGGACUUCAACUGAUGCGCCGAAGCCGCAUGGUGUUCAGUGCGAACCCUUCCUGAUAGGUGCGUUCAACGUUAUGGACUUCGGUGCCAAGGGCGACGGGCGGCACAACGACACGCAGGCAUUUGUCGACGCCUUUUCGAACUGCUCCCGAGUCAGCAUCAUUAUGUACGCGCAGGUGUGCGUGCCUAAUGGCACCUACCUGGUCGAUCCACUGACAAUACCCCACUGUGCCAGCUGCAUAUUUAGAAUCCUUGGCAAAUUGCUCUCGCCCAGAAAGGCAUCAGCGUGGGGCGGUGCGAGAGCCUUCAUCACAGUCGAAAGAAUGGACAAUUUCACCAUCACGGGAGAUGGGCAGGGAUCUAUACAGGGCCGGAGCGUGGAAGACGACAAGCAGGAUUAUCCCUUGAACUUCGGACUGGGAGAGAACAUCCCAUUGGGCAUUAAUGGUCCGGCAUUGCUGCUUCUCGCGCAGCAAACGUCUGCAAAGGAGGCCAGCGGAGGUGGGUUAAUUACUAACAUCACGUUUCGUGGGUCCUUCGGUGUGGCCGUGUUGAUUAUAGGCCAGCCUAUCCAACAGCUUGUCAAACUUUGCAACGUGAACAUCUUCUCCAGUGGUUCCGACACCACCGAUAUAUCCCGGCUGGUAUUCCAGCGGCAGACACACAUUUCUCACGGACUCGUCGUGACGAACUCCACGGUGAUGGCGUCUGGUUGCACAUUUCGCACGUCUGGUGAGAAUCUAUUCAUGCACGACCCGUUGGGAGCCAGCUCUCGAACGGGACUUCAUACCAACAGCAUGAAAUUGAUAGGUGGAAACUCAGGUUAUACACUAGUACUGCAGGACGGGAUGGUCAGCAAUGUUACUAUGGAGGGAGACAGUUUCCGCGGCACUCUCAAUGCUAUUCGGAUAUUAGCCACGCAGGCGGGUAGAGGACAGAUGUCCAACCUCACGAUUGCAGGGGCUAGUUUUCACGACGUCGGAACAGCGUUCGUGGUAGAUGCUUUCUGGUGUCCGGCCUUUCCUCCGUGCCUGAACUCGACGAGCGGCGGUGUAGCGAUGGACAGUAUCAUAAUCCAGAACAGUCAGGGGACUGUGUCUAGUGCCGUGGCGGGUGAGUUCAGCUGCUCUCCUCUCCGCCCCUGCACCAUACAAAUGGAUAGCGUUAGUCUGACAGCGAGUAACAGUAGCGAUGUGACUGAAUUUCACUGCUGCAAUGCGCAUGGGCAUGCGGAGAAUGUGUCUCCCAAGCCAUGUCUGGUCUGAACAGCACACAUGCACCCGCUGGUAGUAGUACAGUUACAUGUACAUAAUCAUUACAUUAAAAUCACAUUUGAAUCCAUUGAGUUCUUUGUCCAUUGUUGUUCUCACAUUUUCCUGAUUGUAAUACAACUAUGUGUCGAGUACAGUCAUACAUGUACGUACCUGGUUCGGCUUCAGCCUUCCGACGCCAACUGAGAGACAGUUCAUGGAAGGAAGCGUAUUCAAGCAUUACGGAAGAUUCAAUACUUCAAUCUACAUCAUACAAACAUGUACCCUCGUCUAGGUCGGCGUGGGCAGGUAGACAUUUUAAUAUUUCAGACUACGGGCAGAAGUUAUAAUGCCAUGAUAAGAACUUGAUGCUGCUUCCUGGUCUUGCGAACACCGAGAGACGCAUUCUAUUCAAUGACUCAAUGAUUGACUCUCCUCAUACUGG